AACGGAGCUGUUCCGAAAACCACUCAGCAUUUCAUUCUGCAGCUGGGAGGUUACACCCAGGCAUCACAAUAGCUUCUCUCCUCACAGAAAACUAACUGAUUUCCUCAUUCUCUACUUCUCAAGGUCAUGGAAGAUCUAGAGGAAACAUUAUUUGAAGAAUUUGAGAACUACACCUAUCCCAUGGAUGAUUACUCCCCAGAGUCUGAUUUGGAAGGGGAAGCGCCCCUGGGAAUGGUUCACUGGAUCUCCUUGGGGUUAUACUGUUCAGCAUUUGUUCUGGGCAUCCCAGGAAAUGCCAUUGUCAUUUGGUUCACGGGUUUCAAGUGGAAGAAGACAGUCACCACUCUCUGGUUCCUCAAUCUGGCCAUUGCAGAUUUCAUUUUUCUUCUCUUCCUGCCCCUGUAUAUCUCUUAUGUGGCCAUGAAUUUCCACUGGCCCUUUGGCGUCUGGCUGUGCAAGGCCAAUUCCUUUGUUGCCCAGUUGAACAUGUUUGCCAGUGUUUUCUUCCUGAUGGUGAUCAGCCUGGACCGCUAUGUCCACUUGAUCCACCCUGUCAUAGCCCAUAGGCACCGAACGCUAAGGAACUGCCAGAUUGUUAUCGUACUCAUUUGGCUUCUGGCUUCUCUAAUAGGUGGUCCUUCCCUAUACUUCCGGGACACUCUGGAAUUGAAUAACCGCACCAUUUGCUAUCAAAAUUUCCACGAGCAUGAUCCUGACCUCACUUUGAUGAGGCACCAUGUUCUGACCUGGGUGAAAUUUAUUAUUGGGUACCUCUCCCCUUUGCUAACAAUGAGCAUUUGCUAUUUGUGUCUCAUCAUAAAGGUGAAGAAACAAAGCAUUCUGGUGUCUAAUAGGUAUUCCUUGACCAUCCUUGCUGUGGUUCUGGCCUUUUUGAUUUGCUGGACUCCUUAUCACUUGUUUAGCAUUUGGGAGCUCAUGAUUCACCACAGUAGCUAUUUCCACCAGGUGCUGCGGGCUGGAAUCCCCCUCUCCACUGCUCUGGCAUUCCUCAAUAGUUGCUUGAAUCCCAUCCUUUAUGUCCUAAUUAGUAAGAAGUUCCAAGCGCACUUUCGCUCAUCGGUUGCUGAGAUACUAAAGUAUACGCUGUGGGAAGUCAGCUGUUCUGGCAUGGUGGGCGAACAGCUUAGGAACUCUGAAACCAAGAACUCAUGUCUCCUGGAAACAGCCCAGUGAGAUGCUACUCUUCCACAAAUCAGAGCAAGGCUUUUGUGUGGGUCCCCAGGCCGAUGUUUUCAGA